AUGUCAGUUGCUACUGAACCUGGUGCCUACUUCAUUCCGCAUCACCCUGUUUUCAAGUCCAACUGUCCAUCGAGUAAAAUCCGAGUGGUAUUCGAUGGAUCGGCGAAGGCUGCCUCUCUGUUGUCAUUAAAUCAAUGUCUAUACGCCGGUCCGAAGUUACAGCUGGAUAUCGUGGACAUUCUAUUUCGAUUCCGACUUCACCAGUUCGUCUUUACUGCAGAUGUUUGCAAGAUGUACAGGCAAAUUCUCGUUCUGCCAGAAUACCGUCGCUUUCAGCACAUCCUAUGGAGGCCUUCUCCACUAGACGAGUUGAAAGAGUAUCAGCUCAAUACCGUGACAUACGGCAUCAAUAGUGCCCCCUUUUUGGCGUUGAGAGUCUUAAAGGAUAUUGCUGAAAAUGAUUGUACAGGAUUUCCUGAAGUACAAUUGGGGCUGAGGGAACAAACCUAUGUGGAUGACAUUUGUCUUGGUGCCGACACCGAGGAUGAAUUGUUGACUUUACAGUCAAAUCUGUGCUCCGUCCUGAAACGUGCUGGUCUUGAGUUGAAGAAGUGGUCGAGUAACACCGUAUCUGUGUUAGAAGCUGUAUCGCCGGAGGAUCGUGUCAUGGAAAGUCUAAGCUUCGAUGAAGACGUCUGUGAAACCACCAAGGUCCUGGGGCUGCAGUGGGAUCCGGCCAAAGACAUUUUUAAAUUCAACGGCCAUUCUACCACCACCGUCGUCACAAAGCGGGCAAUUCUAUCGACUAUCGCGCGCAUUUUUGAUCCUAUUGGGUUUUUAGCGCCGGUGACCUUCUAUGCUAAACAUAUCCUACAUGAAAUCUGGGAAGAGGAAUUGGCAUGGGACGACCCUUUACCUCCGAGAUUAUGUCAAAAUUGGAAAACAUUUACGGAUGAGCUACCGGUUUUAUCUGCGAUCAAGAUUCCACGCUAUGUCGCUACUCAACGUCAAUCAUACGUCGAAUUGUGUGGAUUCUGUGACGCCUCCGAACGCGGAUUCGCUGCAGUGGUAUACCUUCGGGUAACAGUUUCAGACGACGACGUGUCUGUGUUCCUGCUUGGAUCCAAAACAAAGAUGGCACCGAUGAAAACCGUAUCCAUCCCGAGACUUGAAUUAUGUGCUUCAGUUUUGCUCGCUCGAUGGAUGGCGCGCAUAUUAAAAAUGUUCGAUGGGAAACUCAUGAUUAACGGACUUUACGCCUGGUCCGAUUCCCAAGUCGCUUUGGCCUGGUUAAUGAACUCGCAUGUUUCCUUUAAGGUGUUUAUUUCAAACCAUGUACAUCAGGUGCGUAAACUUAUUCCGUCAUGCCGCUGGCUCUAUGUACGCUCAUCUGAAAAUCCUGCGGACUGUGCUUCAAGAGGAAUACUUCCUUCGGAGCUAUCCGUACAUGCAUUGUAUUGGUCCGGCCCUACGUUCCUAAAAAACCCAAGUGAAACUUGGAGCAUGCUGGUCCCUUCGGUUCCUGUUGAACAACUACCAGAGUUCAAACCCGUGUCGCUGGCCGUUCAAGUUACCUCAAAUAAAGAAUGGUUCUGUCGCUUCUCGUCUUUCCUCAAUAUGAUCAAGGUCGUCGCUUGGAUGCGCAGGUUUAUCGGCUUGUGUAAUUUCUUGUCACGUGAAGAGAUAAAUCAAUCGUUAAUGGUAAUUGUACAAUCUUCUCAACAACGUUGGUUUCCUGAGCUGAUUUUGGAUCUGUCACGUGGCCGUGGUGCAGCUCGCCCAUUAUCUAGUCUACGGCCAUUUUUGAAUUCGCAAAAUAUUGUGUGUGUUGGUGGCCGAUUACUGAAGUCCGAUUUAGAUGAUGCGGAAAAACAUCCGAUGCUGCUGUCCAAGGAGUCACAUCUUUCUUUGUUAAUUGCACGCCACUGGCACUUAGUUACGUGCCACUCAGGUCCCCGAGUCAUCACGUCUUUAAUCAUACGUCAAUUUUGGAUCUUAUCGAUGAGAUCGAUAAUUCGAAAGGCGAUCGGUCAAUGUACUCCAUGUGUCAGAGCUAUUGCCCAAUCGCCACAUCCCGUGAUGGGUAAUCUUCCCAGUUCACGAGUCCAAGCAUGUCGACCCUUUUCAAAAGUUGGAGUAGAUUAUGCUGGCCCACUGCCAAUGCGUGAGAGUAAGUUGCGAAAAUCCCGACAGUAUAAAAUUUACGUUUCUGUUUUUGUCUGUAUGGUCACCAAGGCUGUGCAUUUGGAAAUUGUAACAGAGCUAUCUACAGCAGCCUUUUUAGCCGGCUUUGAUCGUUUUGUUGCCAGACGUGGUCUUCCAACAGACGUGUACUCCGACUGUGGAACCAACUUCAAAGGUGCGUCAAAAUAUCUGUUUGAGGUCAUCAACGAUCCAGCUAAUCACCAUCUACUGUCAUCUCAUUCUUUCUGCACGUGGCACUUCAAUCCACCCGCAGCACCGCACUUUGGCGGCCUAUGGGAAGCGGCUGUGCGUUCUUUUAAAACGCUCCUCGUACGAACCGUCGGUGAUCAUACCCUUACCAUGGAGGACAUGUCAACCUUACUGUGUCGGAUCGAGGCUGUAUUAAAUUCCAGACCUCUGACUCCAAUGACUGCCUCUCCCUUAGAUUUGGACUAUUUAUCACCUGGUCAUUUUCUUAUCGGGCAACCACUUUUGGCGGUUCCUGAUUUGAACAUUCCUGAAGGACGCUCCAAUGUGCUGACACGAUGGAUGUUGCUACAUCAAUGUCACCAAUCAUUCUGGCGUCGUUGGUCUACGGAAUAUUUGGCUUCUCUUCAAGUUUGGGUCAAGUGGACAACGGAUGUGCCCAACAUUCAGGUUGGACAAAUGGUCGUGAUCAAGGAUAACCAAAGUCCUCCAACAUCGUGGCGACUGGGUCGCAUUCUGGAAGUGAAUCCUGGUCAAGACGGCGUGAUACGAGUCGCCAAGAUACUAACGUCCACGGGGGAGUUAACUCGUCCGGUCGUUAAGUUGGUGUUGUUGCCCACGGAUUAA